CGAAAAGGAAGCCCCACCACCACCACUGCACCUGGAAUUGCAAGCACGGGAAAAUGCCAACUUGAGAACAAGAGGAGGGCAAUUGAUUGAUAAUACAUACUGUAUUACCCUAUUGUAAAUCGAAGCCUUUGCUCACUUCUUUAAAUCUUAUCGUUCCUUCUCUUACUUCUCCUCCUCCUCCUUCUCUGCCCUCUACCUUAAAUCCUACUCACCACGGAAACCCCUCUCCCUCCACCUCAACAAUGAGCCCCAGAUGCUUCAUCAUCCGCCACGGCGAAACCGAAUGGUCACUCAACGGCCGACACACGGGAACCACCGACCUGCCGCUCACCGAGAACGGCGAGAAGCGCGUCAAGGCCACGGGAAAAGCCUUGGUGGGCAAUGACCGGUUGAUUGCGCCGCGGAAGUUGGUUCAUGUAUACGUCUCCCCGCGCGCAAGAGCUCAACGGACCCUCGAACUCCUCGAGAUCGGAUGCAAGGAGCGGCUACCCUGGACGGAGGCGCGCAAGUCCGAGGCCGAGGAGCCGAUCCGGACGGAGGCGCACGUCGAGGUCACCGAGGCGGUGCGCGAGUGGGAUUACGGCGACUAUGAGGGGUUGACGAGCAAACAGAUCCGGGAGCUGCGGGAGAAGAACGGCGAGGGGGCCUGGGAUAUUUGGAGGGAUGGAUGUCCCGGAGGAGAAUCCCCAGAAGACGUGAUCAAGCGCCUCGACGCCCUCAUCGCCGAGAUCCGCACCAAAUACCAUGGGCCGUGUUUCGAGUCCGACUCCAACUCCGGAAAGGGCGACGUGCUGAUCGUGGCGCACGGCCAUAUCCUUCGUGCCUUUGCGAUGCGCUGGACCGGCAAGCCGUUGACGGAGACGGCCUUGAUUCUCGAGGCCGGUGGUGUCGGUACAUUAAGUUACGAACACCACAGCAUCGACGAACCCGCUAUUAUCCUCGGAGGAGGCUUCGUGGUCGACUCGUGAUAUCCCUCCACUUCAGAAUCCAUUCCGGUUU